UCUACCUCAAACCGUAUCUAUCUUUUUCUUCCCCUAUAAAUAAAAACACAAAGUAGAAAGAAAGAAGCCUUUUAUUUAUUAUUAUUCUCAACAUGGCUGAAAAAACCUCUGAUCAGGAUCACGACGCAGCCGACGAAUGUCCGGUGAAAGAAGUCGAUCUAACCGUUCCGAAAACCGAUGAUCCAACGGUCCCAGUACUCACAUUCAGAAUGUGGGUGUUGGGUAUAACCACAUGUGUGGUUUUGUCGUUUGUGAACCAGUUUUAUUGGUACAGGACUGAACCCUUGUCCAUCAGCUCAAUUGCGGCGCAGGUGGCUACGGUGCCCCUUGGUCACUUGAUGGCUCGAACCAUUACUAAGCGGGUGUUUUUUAAAGGGAAGUGGUGCGAGUUUACGAUGAACCCCGGUCCCUUUAAUAUGAAGGAGCAUGUUUUGAUCACUAUUUUUGCCAAUUCUGGCGCUGGAAGUGUUUAUGCUACGCAUAUUUUGAGUGCGGUUAAGUUGUUUUAUAAGAAGGAGUUGGCGUUUCUUCCUGCCUUUAUUGUUAUGCUUACCACUCAGGUUUUGGGGUUCGGGUGGGCUGGACUUUUCCGGCGGUUUUUGGUGGAGCCCGGGGAGAUGUGGUGGCCGACAAACUUGAUCCAGGUCUCCUUAUUCAGGUCUUUGCACGAGAAUGAGAAGAGACCAAAGGGUGGCACCACUAGAACACAGUUUUUCGUUAUUGUCAUGAUCUGCAGCUUUGCUUAUUAUCUUUUUCCAGGAUAUUUAUUCCAAAUAUUAACAACAGUUUCAUGGGUAUGCUGGAUCAACCGCAAGUCUGUUCUCGUUAGCCAACUCGGGUCGGGCCAAAACGGGCUUGGACUGGGCUCAUUCGGGUUGGACUGGUCCACCAUCGCAUCCUACCUGGGCAGUCCCCUGGCUAGCCCAUGGUUCGCCACUGUGAAUGUGGCUGUCGGGUUCGCUUUAGUGAUGUUUGUGAUGACACCUUUGACUUACUGGCAUAAUUUGUAUAGAGCUAAGAACUUCCCGUUAUACUCGAUGGAACUGUUCAAGGCUGACGGUUCUAGUUAUAACACGACCGCGGUUAUUAACUCCAAUUUUCAGCUUGAUAAGAUUGCUUAUGAGAAACAAGGACAUUUGUACAUGAGUACUUUUUUCGCCAUGACGUAUGGUCUUGGUUUUGCUACACUGUCUGCAACCGUUGUUCAUGUCUUGCUCUUCCAUGGACGGGAAAUACUGGAUAAGACGAAAGGUGCAUUCGGGGGUCCUGAUACUAAGAAAGUUGACGUACACACGAGGCUUAUGCGGGCCUAUAAGCAAGUGCCAAUGUGGUGGUUUCUUGUUAUUCUCGUGCUGAAUGUCGCGCUUAUUUUAUUCGCAUGUAUACAUUAUUCUGAUACUCUUCAGUUGCCAUGGUGGGGUGUGUUGUUGGCUUGUGGUGUUGCUAUAGCCUUUACACUUCCCAUUGGUAUAAUUGCUGCCACCACAAAUCAGGCACCGGGCCUGAACAUCAUCACCGAGUAUAUGAUGGGUUACUUGUAUCCUGGAUACCCCGUUGCGAACAUGUGCUUUAAAGUAUACGGUUAUAUCAGCAUGGUUCAAGCGUUGACCUUUAUACAAGACUUCAAACUCGGACAUUACAUGAAGAUCCCACCUAGAGCAAUGUUCAUGGCUCAAGUUGUUGGAACGAUCAUAUCGGUCAUCGUAUACCAAGUAACCGCAUGGAUGCUAAUGGCAAGCAUCCCGAACCUCUGCAACACCGCGCUGCUCCCAAAAGACAGUCAAUGGAAGUGUCCAAUGGACCAUGUGUUUUACGACGCUUCGGUCAUAUGGGGUCUAGUGGGCCCACAAAGAAUCUUUGGUAACCUAGGGGUCUACUCAUCGAUCAACUAUUUCUUCUUGGUCGGAGCGAUUUUGCCGUUUUUGGUCUGGAUAGCUCACAAGUGUUUCCCAACAAAAACUUGGAUCCGAAAGAUACACUUACCGGUGUUGUUGGGUGCCACCGCAAUGAUGCCGCCUGCUUCUGCUGUCAACUACACGAGCUGGCUCUUUUUGGCGUUUCUUUCGGGUUACGUUGUUUUCAAGUUUUACCCCGAGGCGUGGCAACGAUAUAACUAUAUUCUUGCGGGUGGUCUUGAUGCUGGAACGGCUUUCAUGAGUGUGUUUUUGUUCCUUGGGCUGCAAAAUCCGGGGGUAUCGCUUGACUGGUGGGGGAAUAGCGGUGAAGGUUGCCCGCUGGCUGCUUGUCCAACCGCUCCAGGCGUUGUCGUCGCCGGUUGUCCGGUCUUCAGUUAGUUAGAUGAAUGUCUUGUUUCUUUAUGUUUUUCCACUUAGGUUUUUUUAGUGUUGAUGAUUGGAUAUAGAACUUGUUUAAGUGAACUUUUAUUAAUGGUUUCAUAUUGAAGUACAGGAUUUUAAUUUUUAAUCAUUUAUCUCUGGAUAUUUAAAAAACUCAACUCAUUAAUCUGGUUGAAUGAAUAUGAGCUGUUUUAUA